UGGUAAGAUUGACAUAGAUAACGUUUGAAGAGUAUUUAGAAGAGUACCUGGCACGUAGUACAUGCUCAGCACACAUACCAGGGUGUUACAGGGAUUGAGUGCAUGACUUUUGGACCUGGAUAGACUUGGGUUUGUAGUCUAGCUCUGCUGCUGUGUAGUUGUGUAAACUUGGACCGUCACUUUGCUUAUGUAUCUUUUCUCUCACCUAUAAAAUAGGGAGUAGAGCAAUAACUACCUUACACAACAAUUUCUAGGCAUUGUAUAUUAUUUUUUCCUAUAAUAGUUGUAUAUUAAUCUUUGAAUAUUUGUGUUCUUACAUCAGGCUGAAUUCCUGUAUCAGAUUACAAAUUGACAUAGUUAGGGUUUAUUCUGGUCAUAUAAUGGUGAAUACAAUUUGUUUUAAUAUUAGUUUUUGUUUGCUUUCCCAGUAGAUCUCUUUUCCCUGGAUGAAAGGUAGAAAGCCAUGCUUUGUGUAUCUUAGCCUUGGGUACUUCUGCAGAGCAGAUUCUUCCCAAAUUUGGAAAAGGCAAUGGUGGGCAUCUGGCCCAGGCAGGGGAGAGAGGACAAUGCACUGGACAUGGCCAAGGGAAGAGGAGAGGUGGGUGGGAGGCUGGCACCCCCCUCCCAGGAGCAGUGGAGAUCUAUCUGCAGGGGGCUGGACAGUGGCAGAAGAGGGCAGCAGCAAGGUCUCAGUCCUUGUGGGAUCUUGCAGAUGACAUUGGUGUCCAAGCACUAGCCAGUGGGGACCUAUGAAUAGAGGGGCUUUCCUUUGCUAGGAUCUUAAUAGGAGCCCCCUUGUGAAAUAGGUUUCACCUUGUGAAAGAGCCACCUUCUGAAUCUUCUCUGACACUGAGUUCUCCAUGGAGAAUCUCCCUCCAAUCAAGCAUGCAUAUUUUCCUGCAGCUACCAGACCCAGGAGACGUGGGCGAGGAUGGGGGUGAGUAAGAGCCACUAAGGACUCUUAACUAUCACCCACCAUUGCUCCAAGCAAGAAGGCAACAGAACUUGGUGCUAGACUGCAUGGGCUAGACUGCAUAGGAAACGGAUCUUUAAUAGAGGUUUGACUUCUCACUGAUUUGCAUGGAUUUGAGAACUAAAGAAUCUCAGUGUGUCUUGCACAUGAAUCUGUGCACUGGAAAAUCAUUCCUGUAGCACACUCAUACCAUCUACUGAGAAAUAAAGCGAUUUUUGUCUCCACUUUGUUGAGUUUUGCUCAUUAUUUUUAUUUCUUGCUUCACUAUUCUAGCUAGAACUCAAAAAGCAAUAAAAGGUGUCACAGUUAAGAGUGAGGAACAAUUUAUCUCUGACUGGCAUAGACCAGGCAGGAAGAAAGAUUCUCAGUGGAUAUGGACGAGAUAGAUGAUGAGCCACACUUUGUGCUCUCCAGCCCAAGACUGUGACUAGACAAGGUCUCCCAACCCUCAGCACUACCCAGUCCCUUCCCCUAUCCCAGAUAUUUGGUGUUGAAAAAAAUGUGGAGACUUCAAAUUGAGUGAUGCUCAUGUUCUAGCAUAGGACAAAUUGAAGGCUCAUGGUAGAAAUUCAAUGCAAUCACAGAAAAAUAAAGUAAAUUAUCUAACCUGACCACCUGUGUAUGUAAAGUAAGAUUCAUCCCUACUCUUGUCUCAAUGUUUCUGGAGGUUUUUAUCUUGUGCAAUACCCUCAUGGGAGCAGGUGUGAUGAGAACUAGUCAAAUGCUACCAUGCUAACCCGGCACUCCUAAGUUUAAAACAUUUUCAUCUUUAGUGCCCCUUGUUAGAAUGUAUUUAUGCAUGCAUGUAAAAAGUACAUGUAAAAGUUUUCUCAUGGUAUGAGAAAUCAGUAUAGUCCAUGCCAUACAUAUUGUAUCUGAAGUAUAAAACUUCAAGGUCAAUCAAUGUUUUGCUUGGCAAUUUUUAGCACCAUCCCAAAUCAAGACCUGCCAAGGAUCUGUCCUUUUCAGGAAUCCCAUACAGUGGGCUCUGUGCCCCCACCCUUUUCCUCCCACUGAACCUCUCUUCCUAAUCGCUCACUUAUUCCACUGUAAAUAAGCUGCCAGCCACUCUCAGUUUUUGCUCUCAGUGCUUGCCCUGCCAUCUAAUCUUCUCUGACGCUGAGUCCUCCAUGGACAAUCUCCCUCCAAUUAAGCAUGCAUAUUUUCCGGCAGCUCCCAGACCCAGGAGACAUGGGCGAGGAGGGGCAUGAGUAAGAGCCACUGAGGACUCUUAACUAUCACCCACCAUUGCUCCAAGCAAGAAGGCAACAGAGCUUGGUGCUAGGCUGCAAGGGCUUUCCCGUCAAGCGGCCUGGGUUGAAAUCCUAGCACCGUCACACCUUUAGUGUACAUCCUUGGACAGUUAUUUGGUCUUUCUAAGCUUCGGUGGCUUCACCUGCAAAUGGCAAUAGAAAAUCUAUUUCACAAGGUGGCUCAAAGCGAGUAUUGCAUAUAUCGAAGCACUUUGCACCAUGCCAGGCAGAGGUGAGUGCGUGAUCAUCGCCUAACGAAGCAUCACCUUCACCACAUUUCCUCCCUCAGAUUAAAGCAGCCUGAGGCUUUGGCUGGCCCAUUGCACAUCUUCCGUGCCAGACACCACACCCCAGAUUUGGUAUUCUUUCAAACCUCUCUUACAGGCCUUCGAAUUAUUCCUUAACACCAAGGGCUUUCACAACCAGACCACUUAAGAAACACCGCUGGUGGCCACGCCCUGUACUGUUUCACUAUUCACAAUGGUUUGUCCUUUGAAAUCUUAAUCUUCAAUAUUUCACUCUCAUCUGAGAACCACUUCUGGUCUGCUCUCUCUAUCUCGCUCUAAACAUACGACAUUUCACGUCAUCAACACCUCCGAUUCCUGGAUGAGGAACUACUAGUUGCUUUGCGGCUUCACCAAGCUCAGAUCCCUGACUGCAGCUAUCAGUUUCUUUAUUGACAUUUCCUCUUACUCUUUGCUUUUGUGCCUCCUGCUCUGCCAGACCCUGACUCCGGGUCGCUCGCUAUGAGCUGUCCAACGUGCAGCCAGUCACAGUCCGCUGUUCAAUCAGCACACGUGGCCAGUGGCCACACUAUUGCAUAGCACAGGUUACAAAACAUUUUCAUCAUUGCCAAAAGUUCUACUGGACAGCAAUGCUUUAUCUGAACGAUGGAUUUUCUCUCUUCUACACCUCGGGGUGAAGACUACCUCUGGCUGCCAAAAGGGGGGAAAAAUCAAGAGCUGCUCUUAAAAGAAGUUGCCCUUGCUGGUGCUCAGGGUAAAAAUAGAGGCGGCCGCUCGGCACGGCUUGGCCCUGACUCCAGGCGUCCCGCGAGCUGGGCUCGCGCAGCGGCCGCGUUCCGGCGUGAUCCCAGGAAGCCGCCAGCAGGUGUUGCUCAAGAGAAUUUGCUGAAGAGGAGAAGGAAAAAAAAAAAAAACCAAAAAAAAAAAAAAAAAAAAAAAACCUGUGCGUGAGGGGGGAGGAAACACAGGGCCUUUUAAAAAGGCCAUCACAACAACUUCUGCUGCCAGGAUGCCCCUGCUUUGGCUGAGAGGAUUUCUGUUGGCAAGUUGCUGGAUUAUAGUGAGGAGUUCCCCCACCCCAGGAUCUGAGGGGCACAGCGCAGCCCCCGACUGUCCGUCCUGUGCGCUGGCCACCCUCCCAAAGGAUGUACCCAACUCUCAGCCAGAGAUGGUGGAAGCCGUCAAGAAGCACAUUUUAAACAUGCUGCACUUGAAGAAGAGACCCGAUGUCACCCAGCCGGUGCCCAAGGCGGCGCUUCUGAACGCGAUCAGAAAGCUUCAUGUGGGCAAAGUGGGAGAGAACGGGUAUGUGGAGAUAGAGGAUGACAUUGGAAGGAGGGCAGAAAUGAAUGAACUUAUGGAGCAGACCUCGGAGAUCAUCACGUUUGCGGAAUCAGGCACAGCCAGGAAGACCCUGCACUUCGAGAUUUCCAAGGAAGGCAGUGACCUGUCGGUGGUGGAGCGUGCAGAAAUCUGGCUCUUCCUAAAAGUCCCGAAGGCCAACAGGACCAGGACCAAAGUCACCAUCCGCCUCUUCCAGCAGCAGAAGCACCCGCAGGGCAGCUUGGAUGCAGGGGAGGAGGCCGAGGAAGUGGGCUUAAAGGGGGAGAGGAGUGAACUGUUGCUAUCGGAAAAGGUGGUGGAUGCUCGGAAGAGCACCUGGCACGUCUUCCCUGUCUCCAGCAGCAUCCAGCGGUUGCUGGACCAGGGCAAGAGCUCCCUGGACGUUCGGAUUGCCUGCGAGCAGUGCCAGGAGAGUGGCGCCAGCCUGGUGCUCUUGGGCAAGAAGAAGAAGAAAGAGGAGGAGGGGGAAGGGAAGAAGAAGGACGGAGGUGAAGGAGGGGCGGGAGCGGAGGAGGAGAAGGAGCAGUCGCACAGACCUUUCCUCAUGCUGCAGGCCCGGCAGUCCGAAGACCACCCUCAUCGCCGGCGCCGGCGAGGCUUGGAGUGUGAUGGCAAGGUCAACAUCUGCUGUAAGAAACAGUUCUUUGUUAGUUUCAAGGACAUCGGCUGGAAUGACUGGAUCAUCGCUCCCUCUGGCUAUCACGCCAACUACUGCGAGGGUGAGUGCCCGAGCCACAUAGCAGGCACUUCUGGGUCCUCGCUGUCCUUCCACUCCACGGUCAUCAACCACUACCGCAUGCGGGGUCACAGCCCCUUUGCCAACCUCAAAUCAUGCUGUGUGCCCACCAAGCUGAGACCCAUGUCCAUGCUGUACUAUGAUGAUGGCCAGAACAUCAUCAAAAAGGACAUUCAGAACAUGAUUGUGGAGGAGUGCGGGUGCUCAUAGAGCCGCCCAGCCCAGGGGGAAAGGGAACUAGAGUUGUCCAGAGAAGACAGUGGCAAGAUGAAGAAAUUUUUAAGGUUUCUGAGUUAAACAAACCAGAAAAAUAGAAAUUUAAAACAAACAAAAACAAAAAACUAAAAACAAAACCUGAUGAAACAGAUGAAGGAAGAUAUGGAAAAAAAAAAAUCCUUAGCCAGGGCUCAGACAUGAAGCAGGGAAGGAGACAGGAAUUUGGGGGGGGAAAGGGAGAGUGUACCCUUCAUUUCUUCCGAGAUCAAACUGAUGCCAUCAGUUGUUUAAACGGGGUAUUGUCCCCUCCCACCUUGCAGUUCCCUUGUGAGCCUUGAAUCACUUUGCCUAGUCUGCAGGAGUGUGGACUAGCACAACCCAAAUAGCAUCUAGAAAGCCAUGAGUUUGAAAGGGCCCAUGCAGGCACUUCCCCACCCAGUUACCCAGGUCAUAAGGUAUGUCUGCGUGACACUAUCUCUGUGUAUAUCAACACACACACAUACACACACAGGCGUUUCCACAUACCACAUACAUACACAUACUGGUAAAAGAACAAUAAUGUGCAGGUGGUCACACUUUCUUUUUCUGCACCACUUUUGCAACAAGACAACAAAACAAAACAAAAAAAUCCAACAUAAAAAAAUUGAGAACAAGAAUGGGAAGAGUGAAAGAUCAAGGAAAAAAGAAUACCAAGUUACAUUUCGUUAAGGUGCUUAUGAUCUUAGAACUAUGCAACCUAAUAGGUUUGAAACUGUUUACCUGAGAGAGAACAAAAAGAGAGACUUUUUUGUAUCGGAAGUAAUCUGAUUAAUUUUUAUUUUCUUCAAGGAGAGAUACUUGAAAGGAAUAUGUUUGUCCAUCUGUUGGAUCCAAACAUUUCUAUAUUUUGUAAAUGUUGUUGUUGUUUUUUUUUUUUUAUCGUUUACUAUUUGCACUACAAUGGUGUUUGACCUGUCUAAUCCUUAUUUAACAAGUAUUUUCUUUGGGUGGGGGUGGGGGUGGGGUUUAAGAGCUGCACUUAAUGUGAGCUAUAAAAGAACUGCUACAGCACACAAAAUAGCUAUUUUUAUUAUUAUAAUUAUAAUUAUUAUUAUUAUUUUGUACCUUAAAAAAUAGACACAUACACCAAAGACAUUUGUGUGAGCCUUUAAACAGUCUGUCUGUGGUUGGUAUCAUUCACCAUCAUUGAGUCAGGGGUUGGGAUUAAGGUUGAGUAGGGUGGAUUGUGUUCAGGCUUAAAAGACCUGAGAAGUUUGGUUUUUGACUCCUUUUACAUCCAUGAAACAGGACAUUUCAUACUGGAUGUACAGUAGUUGUACACUGUUCGAUAUCAAAUUCAAUCAAAUUCAUGAAACUACAUGCUUGUAUGUGUAUAUAUACAUUGCUUGUGCAUAUGCAUAUCUGUGUGUAUAUAUACAUGUAUUAUACCAUGUCCAUACACAUUUUAAGCACUUCAGGCUGUCAUUUUUUAAUGUUCUUAAAGCAAUGAAUGUUCGUGUGCAAAACACAGUAUUUUUAAGAAGGAUAGGCUAUAGUUUUUGCUUUUACUCUGAACUCGGUGGGCACAUUUCAAAAAUCUGGAUAGGAUAAAGCCUAGAAAUUCCAGUGAAUAUUCAGCAAGGCCCUCGCUAAACAUACAGGGAUCAAAUUCCCUCCUCUUUCUUGCCCUCCCACCCCCACUUCUACAAGUUAUCCCCUGUGGGGAAAACAGGAUGUUAAUCAAAACUCUGGUUAAUUCUGAUUUUUUUUCAACUUAUAUUUAUUGUCUAUUGGAAUCAAUCUUACAUCAGAAGCUUUUUUGGAAAAAAAAUAAUCUUUAGGCCAGAAUGAAAGAGGUGAGUGUAUUUCUUUCUUUCUUUUUUUUUUUUUUUAAUGAUUCAGGCCUGGUUGUGAGAAAUAUUACUUGUACCCACUGGGUUUGAUAAUGUUCUUGUCACUAGUUAAAAGACACAUGAUUUGGGGGAAAGUGUUAAGAGAGUGAGAGUAGGAAGAGAGCAAUUCAAAGGAGGCAGGGACGAGGGCAGUAGCAAAAAUCUCUAAUAUCUUAAUUGAUAGCCAAAACUCUUGAUGUAUGAGUUUGUGUGUAUUGAUUUGGAUGCAAAAAGGAAAAAAAAAAACUUUGUUUUAUAAAUAUCAAAGUACAUGCUUAAAGCUAAGUUUCUAUCUAAUUUAUUCUAGUAUAUAGCUUGCCUAGAAUAGCUAAUAAGUUAUUCAUUUAUGUGUUUUUAAAAAUACAGAGCCUUGUUUUCACUAACUUGUUUGAAGUUUGCAAAACUUUUCGAAAAUUGGAAAAAAAUUCUAAUAAUUGGGAAAAAGCACAUUCAUUCAUAUUUUGUAAACUAUGGAAGCUGUUAGCUCUUCAAUUCAUAGGUUUUUAAGAAAUCAAUUACAGGAAAAUAAAAUAUCAGUGAGAAACCCAACAUUAUAAAAGGUGGUUUAGCUUUUCUUUAAGAAUAUGUUAUGUCAGUAGACUGUAACACUGGGCUGUGUGUAGGCAAAUUAAUGUCGUUACAGAUUGCAGAUGCACUUGGUAUGUUCUAGAGGCCCUCCCUUUUUUUAUGCAGGAAAUACAACACGUACUGGGUGAGAAGCUUGAGAGUGGAUCCUCAGGAAGGUCCUAGAUAACCUCGGAUAACAUGCAUGGGAAGGCGGGUGUGGGGAGGAAAGUUUUAGGGGAAAGUAGAUGGCCAUGUUCAACUUACCAACUGUUCAUGGAAAACUCUGAGAGCCUUUUGAACUGCAUCUUCUUUGGUACUGGAACUAAUCCUGGAAUAAUCUAUAGAAAUAGGGUGAGGAAAUAAGCCCUAGUUCACUGUGCAGUAGCAGAGCUGAUUGAGGCCAUGGGAAAAAAAUUUACAAAGACAGAUGAUACCCAUGUGUAGUCUCAUUCAUCUCAAAUAAAUCUGCCAUCUUUUUAAGCUCUUUACAUCCUAGACAUAUUGAGGGUAAUAUGGGGUUUGAUUAGUGGCCAGAGUAAUUAAAAGCAGAGAAAUGAAAUUCCGUAUGAUUAUAUUUUAAUUGGAUAUUAAAUGAUUGGGUUAUCAUACACCCACAAACUUUAAUUUUGCUUCAUUAAAUUAAUGUGGCCUUGAAAUAGAAUUAUAAAUUGCUACCGUCUAUAGUAAUAUUGAAAGAUAUUAUUUUACCAUCUUUAAUAAUUUUGGAAAAUAUGAGCCCUGUGAGCAACCACUCUUUGAUGUAGCAGGACAAGACCAAAAGAAAAAACUUUUAAAUUCUACCAUAUAGGGUUCUUCCUAAUAUGAUUUUUCCUGAAAUGGGAGUGACUCUGAUCUUACUAUUUCUCCCCUCUUUCACUAAGGCUAAUCUCUAGGCUCUUAAAAAUAUGCCCACACCAAUUAUAGAAGCUCUGAAAGGCAUUUGUCUUCAAACAUAUUUUAAAAGUAAUACUUUAUAGACCGAGUUGACAUUUUCUAUUUUUUUUCCAAAAAAUUAAGGUGAAUUCCAACACACUGAGUUGGUAUUUUCUUGUCCCAGAAGACCAGCCAACUUCAUAUUUAUUUAAGAUUGAUUCCACACUCCAUUUUCAAGGAGAGUUUCUGCAUUCUCCUCAAAGGUAGAACAAGUAUAUAUAUUUUUUUUACCCUUGUGGGAUUGGACUUUAAGAGAUGACUCUAAAAAACAGAGAACAAAUAUGCCUCAAUUGUAUUAAGCAUAGAUUCAAAUUAUCAUGUUCACUUAAAAAAUGAUUUCCUGUGGGCCUUUUUGCAACUUCCCUUUUCAAUGUAGAGAAAAACUUAGUCACCCUGAAAACCUACAGAAUAAAUGAAACUUGUAGAUGUGGGCAGAAAGUUUGGGGGUGGACAUUGUAUGUGUUUAAAUUAAACCCUGUAUCACUGAGAAGCUGUUGUAUGGGUCAGAGAAAAUGAAUGCUUAGAAGCUGUUCACAUCUUCAAGAGCAGAAGCAAACCACAUGUCUCAGCUAUAUUAUUAUUUAUUUUUUAUGCAUAAAGUGAAUCAUUUCUUCUGUAUUAAUUUCCAAUGGGUUUUACCCUCUAUUUAAAUGCUUUGAAAAACAGUGCAUUGACAAUGGGUUGAUAUUUUUCUUUAAAAGAAAAAUAUAAUUAUGAAAGCCAAGAUAAUCUGAAGCCUGUUUUGUUUUUAAAACUUUUUAUGUUCUGUGGUUGAUGUUGUUUGUUUGUUUGUUUUUAUUUUUAUUUUGUUUUGUUUUUUUGCAUACUACAUGCAGUUCUUUAACCAAUGUCUUUUUGGCUAAUGUAAUUAAAGUUGUUAAUUUAUAUGAGUGCAUUUCAACUAUGUCAAUGGUUUCUUAAUAUUUAUUGUGUAGAAGUACUGGUAAUUUUUUUUAUUUACAAUAUGUUUAAAGAGAUAACAGUUUGAUAUGUUUUCAUGUGUUUAUAGCAGAAGUUAUUUAUUUCUAUGGCAUUCCAGCGGAUAUUUUGGUGUUUGCGAGGCAUGCAGUCAAUAUUUUGUACAGUUAGUGGACAGUAUUCAGCAACGCCUGAUAGCUUCUUUGGCCUUAUGUUAAAUAAAAAGACCUGUUUGGGAUGUA